AUGAUUGAUGAGGAGGAAGAAGUGGAAGAAGUUGAAGAAGCUGAACAGCUGGAACAACUUGGAGCUGAACCUGAACCUGAAGAGGUUGAACAGCUGGAACAACCCGGAGGGUGUAACGGAAGAUCUAGAUUUUUGUGUCCAAAAUAAAAGGAGUCCUCCAUAAUCAUUAAUAAUAAUAUAAAAGAUUCACACAAAAAUAUUUCUGAUUCCAACCCUGAAUAUUUGCGUGCCUAUUUCAUAAGUAAAGACAAUUCGCAACUUCCCGAUGACCUUAACGACGAAGCAAAAUGCAAGUUGCAAUCGGACACCUUAAUCGUUUUAACACCGACUCUUAUUACAAUAAAUAACAUUAAUUAUGUUUUUAUUCCAACGCAUGAACCUAAUACUAUUGCAGUCAACAAAAGUGCUGGUAUCCUGUACGAAUCUUUUGAUACAGUUCAUUUAGAAACUAGUUCAUGGAAGUUGAUUAAUUCUAUAGAUUUAGAAAAUUAUUAUGACCUCUACGAUAAUUUUAUUUUUAGUUAUAAAAAAAUGGUAGAACUUUGCGAUUUGAGAGAUUCUCAAAAGGAAUAUUUAAAACCUUGCAUUAUGGCAAAGAGCCUAUUUAAUCGGAUAAGUCGUGUUCUUCACCGUGUUCAAGAUAAUAACAGUAUAAUUGGAGAAAUUCUAAAUAGCCAGCAAUUUUUAAAUCGAACCAAACGAGGUUUAGUCAAUGCCGUAGGCAAUGUUGCAAAGGUUUUGUUUGGAACCUUAGAUGAAAAUGAUGCUAAACAUUUCAACGAAAUUCUCCAAAAACUGGAAACAAGUCAGAUAAAUAUGCAACACUUACUGUCAGAACAAACAAGUAUUUUUGAAAAUACCAUUCUAUCUCUCAACUCAUCAAAUCAAGCAAAUAAACAAAUUUUUGAAAAUUUAAACGGAAAAGUCAAUCAAAUUGAAACUUUCAUCAAUGAUCACAUAAAAGGUGUUAUUGAUAAUAUCACUUCAUAUGAAAAUUUUGCAUUACAGUUCUCUGAGUAUUUUUCUCUAUUCGAACUGGUCUCCGAACAGUUCCAGUUUUACCAAAGUGAUCUAUUAAACAUAAUUUUGUAUGCUCAAAAUGGUAUUUUACAUCCUUUAGUCCUAAGUCCAAAAAGGCUCAUAAACCAUUUAGUUAAGCAAAGCAUGUAUUUACCAAAAGGGUUAUCAUUUCCUGUACCUCUUUAUCAUCAUUAUUCUCAUGACCUGUAUAAAACAAUGCAUCCAAAUGUGUUUUACUCAAAUUAUAAAUUGUACUUUAUUUUAUACAUACCCCUUGUAAGUGAUAUUUCGUACAAUAUCGUUAAGAUGACAAGUUUACCUAUAAAAGUGAAUAAUGAUAAACAUUCUCAUAUAUUCUCAUUUAUUUCAUCAGAACACCAUUACUUAGUAAUAGAUAGUCUUAAGCGAAACUAUUUUUUUCUUGAUAACAAUGAUUUGAAAGAUUGUUCAAGAAUAGAUAAUAAGUACGUUUGUAAAGAAAAAUAUCCCUUGUUCCUUUUACCAAUACAUAAUGAUUGUGAGGCACUGUUGUACACUCAUCCUCAGAAAAUUCCUGAGUCUUGUGAAAAACGAGUUAGUGCCAUUCAUAAAACAAUUUUUAUCAAAAUUCUGAAAAUAAAUUCUUGGAUUUUUGUUAGUCCAAACGAUGAAACUCUCACAAUAAAGUGUCAAAAUUUUGAAGACUCUAUUCGUUUAAACAAUUCAGGCAUUUUAGAACUUGCACCGCACUGUAUCGCUUUUACAAGUUCUGUCACGCUAAAGCCAAUUGAUACCAAAGAAGCAAAUGAGUCAUUCAUAAACACAAUUUAUUUUCAAAAUCUUGACAUUAAAAAUGAAAUCAAUAAUCAAGAUCUUCGUUUCAGUUUCAUGGAAACUUUGUCCUUGAAUAAAAGUAUUUUAGUACUUCCUGAUCAAAAUGAAAAAUUAGCAAAAAUUAGUUAUUCCAUCGAUGUAUUAAAAGCAAAUUAA